AAAAAGGAAAAAAGACAAUUUGCAUAGGAUGAUAACAACAAUAGUCGAUGAGAUGUUUUUUCUGUUAUGGAGAAAAGGUAAAUGGGGAUCAAGGCUACAUCGUCCAAACCACUCUUCUGUUACUCAAAACUUUUCUGUGUCUCUAUAAGCUAUCUCUUCACCUCUCUAUUUUUAGCUCUUUACACUUCUCUAAUUUCACCAACCACUUGCCUUUUCAGAUAUUCACCUAAUGAUCCAAUUCAAACACCUCUUUUUGUUUACAAUUCUACUUAUGGAGAACACAAACAUGCCCUUCCUACUUUUCGUUCUUCUUGUAAUUCCCCUGUUUAUUUCUCAGAUUAUUGGAAUGCUUUGAAGGAAAUCAAUGAAUUUAAUGAGAAUUCGACGUUUCUUGGUUCGCGAAAUUUGAGGUAUAUUCAGGGGAAUGCUGAUAGUUUUGGUGGAAAUUUCAGUACAAAGAAGAGGUUUUCUUAUUUUGAUCAUCCUGUUGUUGAUGGAAUUGAAGUUCCUUGUGGAUUCUUCAAAAAAUUCCCUAUCAGUAAAUCUGAUAGGAUAGCCAUGGAAAAUUGCAAGGGAUUAGUGAUUAUUUCAGCAAUAUUCAAUGACCAUGACAAGAUCAGGCAACCAAACGGACUUGGUAAAGAGACACCCUACUCAGUAUGCUUUUACAUGUUUGUAGAUGAUGUGACACUCAAGGGACUUCAAUAUCACAACUUAGUUUCAACAACAUUAGAAGAGAAGAAUUCAGUGGGAGUAUGGAGAAUCGUGAAGGUUGCAAAAGAAAAUUUGUAUGAGAAUUCAGCAAUGAAUGGAAUAAUUCCCAAAUAUUUGGUUCAUAGGCUUUUCCCAAACUCAAAAUAUAGCAUUUGGGUAGAUGCCAAAAUGCAGCUAGUUGUUGAUCCAUUUUUGUUGAUUCACUCACUUGUUGUUAUGGAAGACGUUGAUAUCGCUAUUUCAAGACAUCCUUUAUAUGUUCAUACAAUGGAAGAAGCAAUGGCAACUGCUAGAUGGAAGAAAUGGUGGGAUGUUGAUGGAUUGAAAAAACAAAUGGAAACAUAUUGUGAGAAUGGCUUGCAACCUUGGACUCCAGAAAAGCCUUACCCUUCAGAUGUACCAGAUAGUGCAAUAAUCUUGAGGAAACAUAGUGUGGCAACCAAUCUAUUCUCCUGUCUAUUAUUUAAUGAACUUGAAGGAUUUAAUCCAAGGGACCAAUUGCCCUUUGCAUAUGUGAGGGACCUGAUGAACCCAAAACUGAAGAUGAACAUGUUCGAUGUUGAAGUAUUUGAACAGGUGGCAGUCGAGUACAGACACAACCUUAAAAAUGAUGGGGUCAGUAGUACAAAAGUGAUGCCCAAAAAGACAGAGAAAGCCAGCUCUAAAUUCCUUGUGAAUGGGACUGGUAGUAAGUGUGAUAACCACCUUUUAAAAAUGUGGGGUGAAUCCCAAGAUUGAUUUCAUGUAUUUUUUAAGAGUUCAUUUUUUAUACAUUGAUAUUGUAUAAGAAUUUUAUAACAUUAAGUUA